AAUGGCCUAUAUCAACUUUGCCCUUAUGCAACUAUCCGGGUCAGGGGGUUGGCGGAGGUUGUCUUGAAUUUGUUACGUAUUGUAGUGUGGGGAUCGUGAGCUGGGUGUAAGUUUAGUUGGCAUUAGUAAGGCCACAUUUCUUUUCAGAAGGAGAUUUGUUGCAAGAGUGUAGUGACAGUGCGCCCGUGUGUCAUGGCACAGCAGAUCCUCCGCAACUCCUCCGUCUGCUCGCUGGUCCGGCCCAACUCGCGAGCCCUGGUGUCAGUCGCGCCUGCCGCCACAGUGCAGCAGAACAGGCCGCUUAAAGAGAUGCCCGGACCGACCAACAAGCUGGGGCAGCUGUGGUGGGGGUUCAAGAACCGUUCUCGUAUGCACGAGGCUCAGCUGGAGCAAGAGAGGAAGUACGGCAGGAUGUGGCAGUCGUCCUUUGGGUUCAACCCUAACGUGAACGUGGCGCACGUGGCUCUAGCCGAGCAGCUCAUGCGUCAGGAGGGGAAGUACCCCAAACGGAUCGAGGUGAACUUCAUGCAGCAGUACCGAGACUUGAGGGGGUACUCCUAUGGGCUGCUCAAUCAUAACGGACCGGAGUGGCGCCACCUCAGGACAGCCGUCAGCAAGCGGAUCAUGCGGCCUAAGGAAGUCCCGCGAUAUGGAGACAGCAUGAACGAAGUUGUGACGGACAUGAUCGACAGGUUUAAGGACCUGAGGGACACUACGGGCGGCGGGAAGACUGUGCCGGACCUCACCAAUGAGCUGUACAAAUGGGCCAUGGAGUCCAUCGCCACCGUUCUGUUCGACACACGGCUAGGCUGCUUGGAGAGGGAAAUGCCGGAGAAGACGCAGCAGUUUAUCGACUCCAUCGCCACCAUGUUCAAAACCGCGUUCCUUGUGUCAGCCCUCAAGCCGUGGAUGCUGACAUACCUCGGUCUCGGUGUCUGGAAGCGCCACGUGGAAGCUUGGGACGUCAUCUUCAGUGUGGCUCACGAGAACAUAGACAGAAAAGUGCUGGACAUUGACGCCAGACUGAGUCGUGGAGAGGAUCUGGACGGGUCGUUCCUGACCUACAUGCUGACCGGAACAGACGUGACCAAGAAGGACCUGUACGCCACUGUUACGGAGCUCCUGCUGGCGGGAGUGGAUACGACAUCCAACACAAUGGUGUGGACCCUGUACGAGCUAGCCCGCCACCCGGAGCUACAGGAGAGACUACACCAGGAGGUGACCAGUGUGGUGUCCCCGGGACAGAUACCUACGGUUGAUGACGUCAAGAACAUGGCGCUACUCAAAAACGUCAUCAAGGAGAUCCUUAGAGUGUACCCAGUCUUGCCUGCGAAUGGGCGUGUUCUGGACAAAGACAUCGUACUUGACGGCUACAAUAUUCCUAAGGGGACGCAGUUUGCAAUCCUCCACUACAACAUGACGCGUGAUCCCGAGGUGUUCGAGGAGCCCGACAGGUUCAACCCUGACCGCUGGACCCGCAUGGGCACCGAGAAGGUCAACACUUUCUCCUCGGUACCGUUCGGCUUCGGACCCAGACAAUGCGCAGGCCGACGACUCGCUGAGAUGGAGAUGUAUUUGGUUCUUGCAAGGUUGGUUCAGACGUUUGAGGUGAGACAGCUGACGCCAGGAGAAGUGGUCCGGCCCGUGACUCGUGCCCUGCUGGUGCCCGGAGAUCCGGUCCACCUGGAGUUUAUAGACAGGCCGUGAGAGGUUGUAAUCUCCAAGUAAAUCCUACGGUAGCAUAAGAUAUAGUAUCAAAAGCUGACAGAGGAGUGAAGCCGGCCUAGGAGUGUGUAUGCUCCAGUGAAAAAAAAAACUUUUGAAAAAUGCCAUUGUUAAUGUAUUAGACCGAUAAUUUCGCUCAAAACGUAUGAUGUAGGCCCUUUUGGAGCGUUUCUGCGCGUCCUACGAACUUGCCAUUAAAAA